GCACUCAGUAUCACGGUUUAUGUACAACAUGGAGGAAUGCAACAUCGAGUAAUGUGAUCAGAGCCGAUCUCUUCAGCUGAUUAAUGUGGAGAGAUGAAAAUGGGAGCGAGGGAUAUCCGAACCUCUCUGAUGACGGAUUUUAUGGAGGAGCCCGCAGCCUGUGAUGGGAGCUAAAGGUUUAUACUGCUGGCUGUAGUCGCUUCCUGGUGGAUCUUUUGGUGUGAGCCUGCAUCUCCUCUGCAGACAGACGGUCUUCAGGAGUGGGCCGCUGUUUGUCCUUUGCUUUGAGGGUGACUGUGAGAGUGAGAGCAAGGCAUUCUGGGAAUCCCAGCUAGCCCUGAAUGUGGUUGAGUCUCAGCUAUCAGCAGCAGAAGAAAAGUUUGUCCAAUGCUGCCCCUCUAUAUACAGAAGCUCACCUCCAGGGGCAUCAUGAGUGGAUAACGGGCGUGACCGGAGGCGGUGCAUAGGUCAAGGGGUGGAGCUACUGCGGUGGAUGGGCAGUUUUGAGUGGGAGGGAGGUGCUAUAAAUGAUGACCAGUCUUUUCCGCCGGAGUAACGCGAACAGUAACCAUGGCAGCGGUACGCGAGGGGGUGACGCUGCCUCAGGAGAGCUCAAUAGCAGGAGGCCUCCACGUCAGGUCCGGCAUUUGGAGUUUAGCCAGGCUAUGGACGACUUUAAGACGAUGUUCCCCAGCAUGGAGCAUGAGGUUAUCGAGUGUGUCUUGAGGGCCAACCAUGGUGCUGUCGACUCCACCAUUGACCAGCUACUGCAGAUGAGCUUGGACAGCCAGGCCACGGAUGACAGCUCGGAUUCUGAGGACAGCAUCCUUCCAGAGAUCCUGGAGAGAACGCUGGAACCGGACAGCUCAGAUGAGGAGCCUCCACCCGUCUACGCGCCGCCCUCCUAUGACAUGCACAUCUAUGACAGAAAACAUCCCGCAGAUGUUCCAUCCACACCACCACCCAGGUUCGAUGAUUAUCCCCCUCCUGGGCAUCAGCAGGUCGGCAGAUACAGGAACUGGAAUCCACCGUUACUAGGCAACCUCCCUGAUGACUUCCUGCGUAUCCUGCCUCAGCAGUCAAAAAGUCUUCAGCGUUCUCAGAGCAACCUGUCUCAGCCUUCCUCCUCCUCCUCUUCCUCCCUGUCGUCCCUGACGCAGCUUUCGUCCAGCAGCAGUGCCCUGUCAGGUGGUGUUUGGUCAUCUGAACAGGACAGGAAGUUGAAACAGUACUUAGAGGAUGAGCGAAUAGCCCUUUUCCUGCAGAAUCAGGAGUUCAUGAAAGAGCUACAGCGUAACAGAGACUUCCUCAUAGCUCUGGAGAUAGAUCGUCAGAGGUGCGAGAAAACACAGUGUGGUCAUUCAUCUGCUUGCACGGAGAACUCCGCCGAAGGUGAUAAUUGUGGCUUGGGGUCUGAGGAGGCCUGUUCAUCAGUCUCUGACGAUGCCGUAUUCCUGGAGAAACUCAAGCACAUGGGCAAAUCUACAAAGAAGAAGCUCUUUGAAAUUGCUAGAUCAUUCUCGGAGAAGACCAGAAGAAAGAAGUCCAAAAAGCGAGCUCUGUCCAAACACCAGUCAUAUCCUCACAUGUCCAGCCCUGACAGUCGCUGCCUGGAGUUUGCAUCUAUUCUGGGCUCUGCAACCUCCACCGUCAAUCUCCUGGAAGAAGUAGAGGGUCCGCCAUCGGCCGAGGAUGACAGCCAAUUUAAGAGACUCUCAGGAAGAGAGGAAGGAGAGGAGUCAAAGGAAGUGAUGUAAUGGUAAGCACACACAAACACACUAAACAUCCUUAAAUCAUUGGACAAAUUUAGAUAAUUAGCACAUAUUUUUAUGAUCUCUCAGAGAUGGAUGAAUCCUGGCUGGAGCAGCCAGUGGUUUCUGCUUUAGAGAGCUUGUUUCAACAGCUCUGAAGACUGAAGAAUCAUGAAGAUUGAGAUUUUACUCAUUAGUUUCCUGCCAUGCUUAGUUAAACCUGAGCCAUAAAAAUAGUUCUAUAUUGUUUGUAAAAUUCUGGUUCAGCAGUCUGGUUUCUGAUGAGGUGUAGCAGAUCUGGUGGUGUUUAGAAGAAUGCUGUGUCGGGACAGUGCUCAUGCUGUGCUGGGGCCUCAGGACUCAGGACAUCCACAAGCACAAAUCCUCAUUGCUCAGCUUGAUAAGAAAAUCUGUGUUUAUCUCAGGAGAAUUGAAACGGCCCUGGAGCCCAUGUACAGUUCCUGCCAUGUUUAUAGAUAACGCUCUUUCCAUUUCUCAUGAUCUUAUUUGAUAGGUAUUACUUUGAUAACUGUGUGAUUGAUUAAAAAAUAGUUAUCAGAUUUAGUUGCGAUGUUUUCAACCAACUCAAUGUGAAAUCAUGCUCAAGACUUUUUUGAAAAUUCUGCUGCUUUUCACCAUUCAUUCCUAAAAUGAACAGUCCUAUUUUAUUCUUAGUGUUAAGUAAGGUCUGGUUGUGUGUAUUGACACUGGUAUAGUAAUUAUUAAAACUAAUUUGUAAUUUUCACAUUUUAGAGCUGUCCGCUC